UUUAAUCCCAGCACUUGGGAGGCAGAGGUGGGCAGAUCUCUGUGAGUUACUGCCAACCUGGUCUACAUAGCAAGUUCUAAGCCAGCCACGAGUGCACAGUGAGACCUUAAAUUUCAAUGUAUAUAAGACCACUCAGUGAAUCCAAUACCCCAUUUCAGACCUGUCUGAGCUCAGAGUCUGUGGUCUGAAGGCAGUGUGUCCAUCUACACCUAAAGCAGUGCAGUUGGGUGGAAAGGCAUACAGAAGCCAUCUUUGUCAUUUGGCAAUCUGAGACAACCCGGAUGCCCCAACUCACACCUCAGGCUCCCAGACUUCACACACUGCCUUGUUCUUACCUCUCCUGUGGGGGAGCACGAGAGCCUUGGUUCUGCUCCCACUGCUCCCCCACAGCCCGUGUGUCCCUGAGCCUCACACCUUGCUUCAUGGAGCCGUAGGUAGCUACAGAAGGGUUGUGAGGACUGAGAAGUCUGCCCAGCACACAGUGGCUGGCUGGAAGUGUGGUUUUCCUAACUCACUCUUUGUGCACAGCUUGGCUGCUGAGAGCAGAUCCCCAGGGACCUCGACUAGUCUAGUGCUGUGUUCUCAACAGAGAGGUGUCGGCUCAUGGCCAGAGGCACCUAUGACUUCCUGAGUGGGGCUUGGGAGGAGGAGGAUGCUCAGCCUGAGGUGCAGAGGCCUUGGAGGGGAGGGGAAGGCCUUGUUCGUUCGUCACCAUCAUGACUGAUGCACAGUGCCACAGGCAGGGAGGAGUCAUCGGAGCCUUCCUGCUGCCUCUGGGUUGCCUCGGUCAUAGGGUCCUCAGUCAUCAACCCUGCAGAGCACUUGUUGCAAUCUGUUUUCUCAGAGAUAGGGCGACAGCAUGAGAGAGUGACUUUUAGCCAAGGCCACUAGACCCAGAACUUGAAUUUGGGACCUGCUUCUAGGACCUUGGGGAUUCCCAUCAGAAAGACUCCACAAUACUGGCCCUCUGGCCACCUGAAACCUCAAGAUGGCCUCCAGCUCGGCCCCUGAUGAGAACGAGUUUCAGUUUGGUUGCACCCCUGCUGCCUGCCAGGACCCGUCAGAGCCCAAAGCUCUGUGCUGCACAGCCUGUCUCUCUGAGAACCUGAGAGAUGGCGAGGAUCCGAUCUGCCUUAAAUGCAGAGCAAACAGCCUCCAGCCUGUGAAUCCAGGAAGCCCUCUGACUCAGGAGAAGGUUAACCCUCACCCUGAUGUGGCAGAGGCCAGAGUCGAGUGUCCCUUUGCAGGUGUUGGCUGUUCCUUCAAGGGGAGCCCACAAUCUUUGCAGGAGCAUGAGGCCGCGUCCCAGGCCUCCCACCUCUACCUGCUGCUGGGGGUCCUGAAGAAGUGGAAGUCCUUGCCGGGCUCCAACCUGGGCUCCACGCCCAUGGCGCUGGAGCGGAACCUGUCAGAGCUGCAGCUUCAGGCCGCCACGCCUCCAGGGGACCUGGAGGUAGACUGCUACCGGGCACCUUGCUGUGAGAGCCAGGAAGAGCAGGCCCUGCAGCAGCUCCUGAGGGAGAAGCUGUUGGCCCAGCUGGAGGAGAAGCUGCGCGUGUUUGAGAACAUCGUUGCCGUCCUCAACAAGGAAGUGGAGGCUUCCCACCUGGCGCUGGCUGCCUCCUUCCACCAGAGCCAGUUGGACCGGGAGCACAUCCUGAGCCUGGAGCAGAAGGGCUCCUCCAGCUGGGUGUCGGCACCUCUGGCUGACCAGCCUUCCCCACAGGUGGUGGAGUUGCAGCAGACCCUGUCCCAAAAAGACCAGGCCCUGGGCAAGCUUGAGCAGAGCCUGCGACUCGUGGAGGAGGCUUCCUUCGAUGGCACCUUCCUGUGGAAGAUCACCAAUGUCACUAGGCGGUGCCGGGAGUCGGCGUGUGGCAAGACUGUCAGCCUCUUCUCUCCAGCUUUCUACACUUCCAAGUACGGUUACAAGCUGUGCCUGCGCUUGUACCUGAAUGGGGAUGGCUCAGGCAAGAAGACCCACCUGUCCCUGUUCAUCGUGAUCAUGAGAGGGGAGUAUGACGCUCUACUGCCCUGGCCGUUCCGGAACAAGGUCACCUUCAUGCUCCUUGACCAGAACAACCGUGAGCACGCCAUUGAUGCCUUCCGGCCUGACCUGAGCUCGGCCUCCUUCCAGCGGCCACAGAGCGAGACCAACGUGGCCAGCGGCUGUCCGCUGUUCUUCCCCCUCAGCAAGCUGCAGUCACUCAAACACGCCUAUGUAAAAGAUGACACAAUGUUCCUCAAGUGUAUUGUGGACACCAGUGCUUAGGGGUGGGGGAUGGUCUCCUGAAGGCAACCAGCUCAGAUGGGGGACUUAGCUAGACAGCCAGGCCCUGCCCUUGGAGCCCACAGUCCAGGACAAGAACGGGCCGAGGCUGGCAUGACCUGAGUGCCACAGCAUGUUGGCUGUGGCUGCUGUGAGAUUGGAGAGACUUGAGCUAUACAAACAGAGACAGCAUGGAGGAGAAGACAAAAGUGCUCUCUUCACACGGACUACACACCAGGAGACCAGCUCGCCAGGAGACCGGCACGCCAGCAGGCCAGCACACCUGCAGGCCCUGAAUGUUGAGACCUUAGGUCAGGAUGGCAUGGACAUUGAGCCAAGGCUGUGGGGCACCCCUGCUAGGACAUUCUCCGUAGGUGAGGGGGUAACCGGAGAAAUGUCCCGUCUCUCUGUUGAGACUUAGAACAAGGACCGAAGGGCAGGAGGGUCAGCUGCUAGUGUGAAUUCGCCUGUCCUGGACUGUGUUCCUAUGGCAGCAGACAUUUUAACAGGUAAACCCAGAAGCCGAACUGGGAAAUGCUUGCGGUCAGGAUUCAAAGACCUUUAAAGUUUUGACAGAUGAAACAACAAAAGCUUUGAA